UUUGUUUUCUUUCGAAACAGUUUGGUGAUCAUUUUCAGUUACCAUUCCUUCGCAACUCAGAGCCAUGUCUUCCGUGGAUGGAAAGCUUGCGACGGAGAAGACCAAAGCGUCGAAAGAUAAGAAGGUGAAGAAAACAGUGGCUUCAAAAGAGAAGAAGACGAAGGGCUCUAAGGUGUCCUCGUCUUCUCACCCCCCUUAUUUCCAGAUGAUAAAAGAAGCUAUCUUGGCUCUUCAUGAGAGGACGGGAUCCAGUCCUUAUGCCAUAGCUAAGUACAUGGAGGAGAAGCACAAGGGAGAGCUUCCUUCUAUCUUCCGGAAGGUUCUCGCUAUUCAGCUGAGGAACUUUGCCGCCAGGGGAAAGCUUGUAAAAGUAAAGGCUUCCUUCAAGUUAUCUGCGUCUGGAAAAAAGGGUGAAAUCAAAGCGGCGAAGGAUGUGAAAACUAAGGUUGCUACUAACCUUCAGAAGCCGAAGACAGCGGUGAAGGGGAUCAAGGCAAAGUCUGCAACUCUCUCUGCUCCAGUUAAAAGAAAGAAUAUAAAGAAGCCUAUUGCAACAGCAAAGUCUGCGAAGAAGGCUCCAGAAGCGAAGUCGGUGAAGAAGGCUGCACCUGUGAAACCCAAGCAGCCAAAAAAGCUCAAGUCCCCGGCCGCGAAGAGGCCUAAAAAGGCCGCUGCUUGAAUUAUGUUCCUUUAGUAAUUUGUGUAAAUUCUCUAGUUUUUUCGUCCUUGUAAGUCAGUUCUGCAACUUGAAUUGAUAUCUAACUAGCGUUCGUAGCUUCGUUAAAUUGUUUAGUUUUGUGCGUUUUGGUUGAUUUUAAUGUCUUCUCCCAUGCGAAUUUGAUUUGUAUUUGAAUUGUGACUUUAA